CCUGGACUCGGCGUAAAUAUUGAAUGUGGUUCUACAGUAGUGCUGAAGACAGGGCGAAAGGGCUACUGCGAAAUUCUCAUUUUAAUCACCCGUACUUUUGUAUGAAGGACAAAGGAAGGGUGCACCAUGCCUAGCUCCCUCCUGUGGGCAGUGGACGUGUUCGGCAGGGUAUAUAGCCUGUCCCCCACAAGCCAGCAGUGGGACCUGUGCAAGGAUGCUCAGCUGGAGAUCAAGCGCAUCACCGCCACACAGCAGUGUUGCUGGGCCAUUGCCUGUGACCACCAGAUCUACCUGAACGUCUACGCCAGCGACGUGCCCAUCCGCUACCAGGAGGAGACGUAUGAGAACCAGCGAUGGAACCCCAUGGACGGCUUCUCAGACCGGCUGCUGCCCAGUGACCGCUGGCAGUGGAGCGAUGUGACGGGCCUGAAGCACCAGCCGCUGGACAGCUUCCAGCUGCCCUCAGACAACUGGGAGUGGGAGGCGGACUGGUAUGUGGACGAGAACUUCGGCGGGGAAGCCACUGAGAAAGCGGGCUGGACGUACGCCAUCGAUUUUCCAGCCAGCUACACCAAAGACAAGAAGUGGAACUCCUGCGUCCGUCGCCGGCGAUGGAUCCGCUUCAGGAGGUACAAGGCACGGGACACCUGGGCCAAGGUAUCUGAGCAGGUCUCCUCAGAACUACCCGGGUCGCUCCCAGACCCGUUCAGUGACAUCAGUUGUGGGGGUUGGGAGAUCACCGAGGAGCCCAUGGGUCAGAUCUCGCUGUGGGCAGUCACUCUGCAGGGGAAGGUCUGGUUUAGGGAGGGCAUUCACCACCAAAACCCUGAGGGCUCAGCCUGGGUGGAGGUGCAGUGCCCAGGGGAAGUGGUGCAGAUCAGCUGUGGCCCAGGGGACCUGGUGUGGGCUGUCAUGUGGGAGGGUCACCUCCUGGUCCGGGAGGGCAUCGGGAGGGACUGUCCCAAAGGAACCUCCUGGGCGGUAGUGCAAUCCCCCAGCCCUGAGUUCGGUGCCAUCCACGUAGCUGUGGGCAUCAAUGUGGUAUGGGCUGUCACGAAGGAUCGCAAGGUUUGGUUCCGACGGGGCAUAAACUCUCACAAUCCCUGUGGUUCAGGCUGGAUUUCCAUGGUGGGAGAAAUGGUGAUGAUAGAUGUUGGUGUCAAUGACCAGGUGUGGGGUAUCAGCUCGGAGGAUCGGGCCGUGUACUUCCGGCAGGGCGUCACCUCCAGCGAGCUCAGUGGAAAGGCAUGGAAGGCGCUGACAUCGCUCCGGGACGGGGACCGGUCCAGCUCCAGGUCCAGCGCCGGCAGCCUGGCCAGUGCUGGCUGCUUCUUCAGUAAUGAGGUGACAGUGCAGAACCAGGGGUCUGUGACCAGUGACAUGGACAUGGAGCCAGAGGGGGCAACGGGGGGGAAUCCAGAUGCCAAGGAGCAAGCUGACGCUUCCAAGCGGCGCCUCCCGAAGGUGACCAGCGACAGCUUCAUCUCCGAGCUGGUGUCCGACCGAGAAGGCCAGCCAGAGAAGCAUGAGGGCACAGCGGUGGCCCCCAUCCCGGAGGAGGAGGCCGAAACGGAGCAGGAAGUGAAGGUGGCCCCUGCCGUGGUGCUCUCCCUCAGCCCGUCGGGCAGGCCGGAUCACCACUGGAGCAACGUCGACCUGGAGGAGGCGCAGGGCCGCCUAGCUGGGGGCCGCCCGGCCUCCGACCCUGGUGAUAGCUGCAGCCUGUCCUCCGUGGCCACAUACAACCUGGACGAGCCGUACGGGGCCGACGAUCAUCCCAUCUGGGCAUGGGUCAACGGGGGCAGCUGUGCCGUGGACUCGCACUCGCAGCUCAACUGGUUCAACUCGGGCGUUUCCUCUGCACAGUCCAUGUCCUUGUCCGUGUCCCCUGCGCAGACAGCGGCCUGGCGCAAGCAGAUCUUCGAGCAGCUCAGCGAGAGGUCCAAGCGGGAGAUGGAGAACUUCAGGCAUUACGAGCAGGCGGUGGAACAGGCGGUCUGGGUGAAGAAGGGCACCAUGCAGUGGUGGAGAGACUGGAAGCCCUACAAGUGGGUAGAUGUCCACUUUGCACUGGAGCAGUUCUGCGGCACCGACGGCAACAAAGAGGGAAUCAUCUUCAUCUACUACACCUUUAAUGAAGAGAAGAAGUACCUGCACACCUUCAUAAACGAGGUGACCAUUUUGGUGCCGGUGCUCAGUGAUUCCAAGCACACCUUCGCCAUCUACACCCCGGAGAGAACCAAACAGCGCUGGCCCAUCCGCCUGGCUGUGUCCACAGAGCAGGAGAUGCAUGACUGGCUCGCCCUCCUGAGUGUGUCCUGCUGCGACUCGAGGGGCAUCCAGGGCCCCCCAUCCAAACAGGCCAUAUGGUCUGUCACCUGCAAGGGGGACGUCUUUGUCAGUGAGCCCGCACCCAGCCUGGAGGCCUCGCCCUACCCCAUGCCUUGCGAUCAGAUGUACUGGCAUCAGAUCGGGGGGCAUCUGCACGUCAUAGAGUGCAACAGUUUGGGCGUGGUGUGGGGCAUUGGGUAUGACCACACCGCCUGGGUCUACACUGGGGGCUAUGGAGGCGGCUUCUUCCAGGGACUGGCGAGCAGCACAGACAACAUCUACACGCAAACGGACACAAAGAGCGUAUACAUCUACGAGAAUCAGCGCUGGAACCCAGUCACAGGAUACACCAACAGGGGUCUGCCCACUGACCGCUACAUGUGGAGCGAUGCCUCAGGACUGCAGGAGUGCACUAAGGAGAACACCAAGCUCCCCUCCCCACAGUGGGCCUGGGUGAAUGACUGGACCAUCGACUACAACGUCUCCGGAGGAACAGACAAGGAGGGCUGGCAAUAUGCUGCUGAUUUCCCAACGUCAUUUCAUGGCUCUAAGACACUGAAGGACUUUGUCAGGCGUAGACGUUGGGCCAGAAAAUGCAAACUCACAACAACUGGCCCCUGGAAGGAGGUGCCUCCCAUCCCGCUGUCUGAAAUCACCAUCCUGCCCUGCAUGGCCGCGAGCAAAUUGGAGCAUGUGCCUCUGUGGGCCAUCAGCAGCAAAGGAGACGUCCUGUGUCGCCUGGGUGUCACUCUGCAGGCUCCCGCUGGUACCUCCUGGCUUCACGUGGGGACAGACCAGCCGUUCAAGUCCAUCUCCAUAGGUAGUGCUCACCAGGUGUGGGCUAUUGCCAGGGACGGCUCAGUGUUCUACAGGGGUUCCGUGUCUCCUCAGAACCUUGCAGGCGACUGCUGGUACCACAUCCCAUCCCCACCUCGGCAGAAGCUAAAACAGGUGUCUGUGGGGAGAACCUCCGUGUACGCAGUCGAUGAAAACGGUAACCUGUGGUUCCGUCAGGGUCUCACUCCCAGUUACCCGCAGGGUUCGUCUUGGGAGCACAUCUCCACCAACGUCCGCAAAGUCUCUGUUGGGCCUCUGGACCAGGUGUGGAUAAUUGCAGAUAAAGUUCAAGGCAGCCACAGUCUGAGUUGUGGCACCGUCUGUCGCCGGCUGGGCGUGCAGCCCAUGGAGCCCAAGGGACUGUCCUGGGACUAUGGAAUCGGGGGGGGGUGGGAGCACAUCACUGUGAGGGGGAACUCGACGGAAGCCCCACGCAUCAACAUGCCCAGCAUGCUCGGGGGCCCCACCCCGGCCAGCGGGACCCCACGCAGCACCCCGCCUGUCAGCAUCCCAGACGUGAUGAACGGGAAUGCCGUCAGGUCGUAAAGGAGGCGUGGCCUCCUCGCCCUCCACAUCACUCCAGUUAUCUUCUGCCCCUGAGCCUUCUCUGCCCAUUGUCCCACAAUGCACUUCAGUCAGUCACCUCGUUUGGCUCUCAUUCACUCCUCAGACAUUCCUGUUACAUUUCAGGAUAGUCACUCCCAUCUUCAGUCCACUCUGUUAUUCCUUUCUGGUGUUUUUUUUUUUGUUUGUUUUUUUUAACGUUGCUGUUCCUGUUUACUGGUUUUGUUUAGUUUUUGUUUUGCGUUUGCACACUGCGUGACAUUCCAGUAUCAUUUUUUGUGCAGAUCAGUAGGUGACGCUGUCAUGCAUAUCCUUGUUUGACUGUUUUUUUGUCUUUAGUUCUUACCUGAGAUCCCUUUUUUUCCCCCAGUGUGUUGAAAGGAACACUUAACUGUCAGUUAUGGGGCAAUAUUGUAUGGUACUGACGACGAAGUACAAGAGUUUGCUGAUUGUCAUGGUGAUGUGAGCAAAGCAGCAUUCAGUAAAGCGGAUUUGCUUUUUGAUCUUAUUUUAGGUCAGUUUUCUUUAAUUAGGAAACGUGACAGGGAGUUUGGAACUGAUAGCAUAUAAUGCCAGUUGCUGGCAACAGGUAUUUUACUUUUUGCACUAGAGGGAAUGUGGGAUAGGACUUUAAUAUAAAUGGAAUGUUCUGAAAGCUGAUAGUAAAACUGAUUUUGCACAUCAGCUGACAUGUGACAGAUUUUUCCCAACUUCCCCUGUUUUGCACUUGAGGUUGAAGCUGUGAAGGGGGUAAGGUCAUCUUUAUGGUGGACAGGCACAUUUUAAAAAUGUAUUUUAGCAUUAAUUUCACUGUCAAAAAAUAUAUGUAAAAUACUAAUAUUUAUUCCUUUUUCUGUGAAGCUGAAAAAUAAAUAUUUUCUUCUCAGGUACUUAUACAACACCACUCCAUCCCUUUGCACAAUCAUGAACUGUAACGGUAUCAUUCACGGUUUUUUUUUUUUUUUUUUUUUUUUUACAAAAGUUUGGGGGAUUAAAAGGGGAAAUAUUUAUUAUUCAGUAUAUUGAUUAUUAAAAAGAAGUUUACAUUUGUCAUUACAAAUAACUGUUUAAAAAAAAAUGAAUAAAGAAUGAGUUUAAAAAAAAAUGUAUGGAAGGCAGAAAACAAUCAUCUUUUGACCCGUCACAGUAAAGUGAGUGAUGGUGCGACAGUUUACUAUUGUAAGGAUGACAUUAGGCAUUAUUUGUACAGAGGUCUGUUUGGUGUUGUUGUACUGUCGCACUUCUGAUUUGCACAAGUUGGUCUGUAUUUGAUGAAUUAUGCACAUAGAGGCAUUCUACACUAAGUGGGUUUUCAAUCCCUUAAAUCAUUACAUUUCCAUUCUACAUUAAGAUGUCUGUGUUUGUUUUUUAGGAGUGAUCUGUAACAUGGAAAGAUCAGCCUGGCUUUCACAGACUAGCAUUUCCUGUCUCAUUGUAUGCUACCCAACUUGGGACGGUUGUACUACUAUACACUAUGAUUUUGUUUGUUGUGUGUUUUUCCCAGCGUGUGCAUGGUUAGUGUGUCCUCAUUGAAUGUUUUCUUUAGCUUACAUGAUUUUUGUGUAUUUUACCAUAGUUUUGCUCAAUGUGUUGCUCUAAAUGAAUAAAUGCUAGUGUUGACUAAA